AUGGCAGGUUUUGCAGGACCAAUAUUACUAAAUAAAUUGGUUACAUUCGUGGAAGAUGAAACUAUUGAUCAACAUUUAGGGUAUGCAUAUGCAGCUGGCCUUCUAUCUGCUACAAUUGUGGGUUCUGUAUUCAAUGUUCAUUUUAAUUGGCUUAUGUCUCUAAUAGGAAUUAAAAUGCGUGGUGCAAUGGUUUCAAUAAUUCUAAGAAAAACUCUUAGUGUGACUUCUACAGAACUUACUAAGUCGUUUUCUAUAGGGGAAAUAACCAAUUUUAUGUCAACUGACACUGACAGGAUUGUUAACUCAUGUCCAAGUUUUCAUGCACUUUGGAGUAUACCAUUACAGCUAGUAAUAACACUUUUCCUGUUGUACCAACAAGUAGGAAUAUCAUUUUUAGCUGGUGUUGCAUUUUCAAUCAUUCUGAUUCCUAUAAACAAAUUGAUUGCCAACAAAAUAGGACUACUGAGUACAGAGCUCAUGAAACAUAAGGACUCACGCGUUAGUUUGAUCAGUGAUAUGCUCAAAGGUAUCAGGACUAUAAAGACUCAUGUUUGGGAGGAUUACUUCAUAGGCAGAGUAUCAGAGUCUCGUUCGAAGGAAUUGUACUAUCUGCGCGGACGCAAAUACCUCGACGCAAUUUGUGUUGUUCUUUGGGCGACAACGCCCGUUUUGGUGGCGGCUUUGACCCUUGGUACGCACGCUUUGCGAGGGCAAGAGCUGGACGCGCCAACGGUGUUCACUACGGUGGCGUUGAUCAACAUGCUCAUUGCGCCAUUGAACGCGUUCCCGUGGGUCCUAAAUGGGCUCACAGAAGCGUGGGUCUCCAUCAAGAGGAUACAAAAGCUGCUAGAUCUCACCGAUAUGGACUCCGACCGCUAUUACGACAGGGUCAACAGGAACCGCGACGAAGAUAAAAUAAUCAUAUUCAAGAACGCCUCAUUCGCCUGGGUCAAGCCGUCGAAAAGGAAACCCCUGGUCAAGACCAAAAAGAACAAAGGGAAAUCCAAAAAGAGUUUGUCGAAGAGGAAGACUCAACGCGACGACUCCACAUCGUCUUCCGAUAACCAAACUCAAGAGCCAUUCAUGUUGAAAGAAAUCUCACUGGAGAUCGCUAAAGGCGAGCUCCUUGGCAUAGCUGGAAACGUAGGCAGCGGUAAAACAUCCUUAUUGCACGCAAUCCUCGGGGAAAUGUUAAAGACCAAUGGCGAUCUCCAGAUACCCGAGAAUUUGAAUAGUUUCGGAUACGUAUCGCAGCAGUCGUGGUUAGUUCGUGGUACGAUACGCGAUAACAUCCUCUUCGGAAAACCGUACGAUGAAGUCAAAUUCCGAUCGGUCGUCGACGCUUGCGCCCUCACAGAGGACCUUAACAUUCUCGGAUGGAAUGCCUAUAUCGGGGAGGGCGGGUGCACGUUGAGUGGCGGACAACGCACCCGUAUUGCGUUAGCUAGAGCUGUAUACCAAGAGAAACAAGUGUACUUGCUGGACGACGUUCUGUCUGGGGUGGACGCGCGCGUCGCUGCGCACAUAAUGCAGCGCUGCGUGCUCGGGCUGAUGCGGCACAGCACGCGGCUAUUGGUCGCGCACUCGCCGCGCCAUCUGGCGCGUGCGCACCGCGUCCUCCUAUUGGCUGACGGACGCGUCCACGCGCACGGGCCUCCGGAGCUGGUACUGAACGAAAUAGAGGAAUUUUUACCUAGUGAAACGGAGUCUCUAGGGGAAGAACCGAUCACGGAACGUGAGCAACGUCCCAUUGAAGACUCGUUGGAUAAUAUUAGCAAACAAAGUGUGGACAAUGAGGAAGCAAUGUCGACGGGAACGGUAGGCUGGUGGGUGAUAUUUUUAUAUCUGCGUUCCGUCGGCGUCCUCCUGUCUGUCUCCAUUGUUAUAUCACUCAUAUUAAUGCAGUUAUCCCAAAACUACACGUUCCUUUGGCUUACGUUCUGGAUCAAGAACAGGGCUAAGAACGCCACGGGCCUGAACGUAGAAAUACUGCUCAGCGAAAGCCCCCACGAAACACAAACAGUUCUGGACCACGGCUUCGACGUGAUAGACAAUCUAGUUCACGGCAUCGUCAACACUUCGUUGUCUGUGGUGCACAAUUUUGGCGGGAAUCUGAGUGCAGCGUCGAGUUCGCCAUUGGGUGAUUGGAAAGUUUCACAAGCCGAGGCAGUGUACAGUGACAAUUACUAUUUGGAGAUGUACUUCGCGCUGGCCGGCCUGAAUUUGGUAUUCACCAUUAUGAGGGCAUUUCUGUUUGCGUACGGAGGGGUUAAGGCCGCUGGAAAGAUUCACAAGAUUCUCGUUAAAGUUGUCGUCGAAGCAAAAGUGAAGUUUUUCGACGUAACACCUACCGGUCGUAUUAUAAAUCGAUUUUCGUCUGACACUUACACUGUGGACGAUUCGCUGCCAUUCAUCCUAAACAUCUUUCUGGCACAGGUGUUCUCUUUGAUCGGGGCCGUUGCCGUGACGGUGUACGGUCUACCAUGGCUGCUCGUAGGUGUACUGCCAAUGUCUUUCAUCUACUACCACCUUCAGAGACGGUACCGCGUCACUUCGCGUCAGCUGAAGCGCCUACAGAGUGUCGCCCUCUCGCCUAUAUACGUGCACUUCAACGAUACCCUCGAAGGCCUGACGACGAUCCGCGCGCUCGACGCGGGCGGCCGGUGGGCGGAGCGCGGCGACGAGCUGGUGGAGGUUUGGCAACGCGCGGCGCUGUGCGGAGCGGCAGCGGCGCAGUGGCUGGCGCUGAGGCUGCAGGCCGCCGCCGGUGCCGCUGUGGCGGCCGCGGCGCUGCUCGCGGUGCUGCAGCGCGCCCUGCACGCGGCAGACCCGGGUCUCGUCGGCUUGGCAAUAUCGUACGCGCUAUCGAUGACGUCAAUGCUCAGUAACGUGCUAAACGCAUUCACUGAGACAGAACGGGAAAUGAUCGCUGUCGAACGCGUUGGGGAAUACAUAACGCAGGUGGAAGGUGAAAAGCUGGACGGGGAUCCCCCUCCAUACGGCUGGCCCUCGCAUGGAGUCAUCAGUUUCGAAGAUGUCUAUCUUAAUUACAAUCAGUGGGGGCAUCUACGCUGCCCUAAUGUCGGCGGGGAGCGCACGUCGGCGGCGCUGUGCGGCGUGCGGUUCGCGUGCCGGCCGGGCGAGCGGCUGGCCGUGGCGGGGCGAACUGGCGCCGGCAAGAGCUCGCUGCUGCGCGCGCUGCUGCGGCUCGCCGCCCCCGCCAGCGGCAGGGUGCUCGUGGACGGCGUAGACAUCGCCACGCUGCACCUGCAGCGCCCUCAGGUGGGAAAAUUGCUACACCUCAUCGCUCAAUCGCCCCGCCAGUGG